AUGGGUGCGAAGCCUUCCAAGCGUUCACUUGGGAGAAAAAACAACGUUGAUUUUUCCCUGGAAGGGUUGGGAUGGUGCGAGUUGACUGUGAUACCUGGCCCUGCGAGUAAGGUCUCUGGACAUUCACUUCGCGAUAAACCGUCACUUUCCAAGCAUCCAAGGCUCCCAUCUUCUUACGACGAAAUAUCUUCUUGCGAAUGUAGUUCCGUGGACUCGCUUUCUUCCGAUGAAUGGUCUCUUCUUGGAGAGCUAGAUACGCCCGAAGAUACUUCUUCCUCGGGAUCAUCUUCUUCCUCAGGGUCAUCAGAAGAAAGCCUUCUCGCUCAAGCACGGCGCAUAAUCGGCCGACGACGGCGCCUCAGCUUACCCAAUUCAUUUGGAAACGCGAUACCAGCAACGAUCUACAAUCACUCCGGCACCAACGCCCAGACCACCGUCAAUGGCCCAUUCAUGAGCGGCGCACUUCCUGCUGCAACCAGUUCGCGUCGGCUGCUGAAACAUAGACGCAGCUACAAUCAUCCACCCUAUUUAGAUGAGGAGUCCGCUCGGCUAGUACCUGAUUGGCGGAAAGCUGAGCAGGAGGAGGAGAUGUGGAAAGAGGAAGCGGAAGAGGAAGAGGAAGAGGAAGCGGAGGAGGAAGUGGAGGAGGAAGCGGAGGAGGAAGCGGAAGGGGUUGGGGUGGAUGCUUGGUUAUCAGGUUGUGAAGAGGAAGAGAUGUUGAAACCUUUGGUCAGUGCUAAUUAAUAAGAGUAGAGCCCACUUCCGUACCCUUCACAGUAUGAUCACAGCAAGCAGCCGAACUUGGGAGACAAAGAGAAUUAGAGACCUUGGGCUUGUGGAGUACAAUGAAUUGAAGCACAAGAUACGAUUGCUACAACAGGCGCAGCAACCUCUACAGCUCAAAGGAAGCCAGUAAUUUGCGAGUUCAAUGGGAUUGGAGUGGGAGCGAGAG